GAGAAUCAUACAAGUACCUUGUUGAAAGUAUCCGCCAGUUCCCUCCCCAACCUGCAUUUGCCAAAAUCAUUCGCGACGCUGGCUUCUCUACCGUCGGUAAAGGCUGGGAGGACUUGACGUUUGGUGUUGCUGCCAUCCACAGUGGAUUCAAAAUAUAGACAUGUACAAUAGAGAGGUUCUUCACAUCACCCCCAUACCGAAUAUAAACUUGCAAUUGUUAUUUUUUUCUAAUUUUUUUGUGCUUUUGCUUUUAUUAUUUUGGGUACCUGCUAUUCAAUUAUUACGAAGUUGGGGGAGAUUAGCGAAUGUGAAUAAGGGUCAAAUAUCAACCGUCGGUGGUACUGGUGGACCACGAAAAUCCGCUCGUGCUACACGACCCACGUCGAUCCAGGGUGAGCUGGAUGUUCUUAGUGAUGGCUGCCAGUGUGAGUGCAUCUCCUGCAGAACAGAAGUGGGUGAGAUGACAUGGCUAGGCGGGGCAGUGAAUAAAGUAUAUAUUACCUUGUUGUUGUAUAAAGUCGACUCGGAAGAGCUUGCGAUGGCCUUCCAUCACGCCGCAAACAACGAAUUCCAGCUUGAACUUGACUUUGUUGGUCUUGUCACCUGUAAUCAUCUGCUAUCAGAUCGUGCGUGCCGCUUAUCAAAGCCCUCUGGUUGACUGCACUUACCGUGAACAAUGCGAACCUCACCGCGGUAUCGCGUGUGACCAUCACGAUCAAGUCGAGUCUGAAGUUUAGCAUCCAUUCCCU